CCUCUCUACGGAUUUAUCAUUAACAUCUACAUUCUAAUACUCCUAAAUAAUUCAGCACAGCUUUCAGCCUUAUGCCCUUGCCUGCCUACCCAGAAAUCUCUUCACUGUUUACAUUAUAUUCAAGUGAAAAUGCUAAACGUGGAUUAUUUCCAUCCCCUUCUUUGUAAAGGUGCAAGCACCUCUCUCUCUUUAAGCAUGGAUGCUCCCUUCCUCUCCACCCCAAAUCUCCCAAAGUAUUUAUUAGAUCUCUAAAUUUAGAAAAUUAUUUUUCCAUGCUGAGUUAGAACCAUGUGGUCUCAGAUUCUCAUGCAAAUUCCCUCUCAAUAAUCCUAAUGCAGGCAGCCCUCCAAUCAGAGCGCUAUCCAUCCUUGAUACCUGAUGCCAGCUUUCUGGUAAUGUAGGCCACUGAAGCAAAUCCAGAGAGAUUGAGUUGGAAGACAGAGUAGCUUCUGAGAUUCAUCUGGUCAGUGUGCUACUUUCUCCAUUACUGCUAUUCAAUAGGAAAGAAUUUUGUCAUGAUUUUUAGCUGAGGCAUUCUCAGUUGGGCCAAGUAUAUGAAGGUGGUAUUGUAUACCAUUUAAAAAACAAACAAACCAAAGACCCGAACUGAGGGGGAAGAACAAAGAACAGAAGAACAUUCAUGUUGAAAGCAUGAGGUGGCUGUUAGGCAGCAGUUGGAAGAAAUUUGGACAUGCCGACCGAGGAAGCUAUGACUGGUUAACAAGUGAACCAGGUGUGCCAUUGCUGGAAACACAACUACAGAGUCAGCAUAAAGUAAGCUCAACCAAAGAAGACAUAGAACCAUUCUUAUGCAUCAUACUGCCUGCUACCAUGAUGCUUUUCUUGGCAUUCCUACUGCUUUUCCUCUACAGACGUUGUCAGCGUCGCAGCCCUCAGGCUCAGAUUUUCAGCAUUGACCUCCCAGAGUCCCUUCCUGAGCAUGAAGUGACUGAUUUCUUGUCAGUGCUGCCCUGGAGCAGUGAGCAGAACUUUCAUUAUUCCACUCUCCUACCUGAAACUACCUUUCUCACUGUAUGCUUGCCUCCAUCCUAUGAGGAGGCCACCAUGAAAGCCUCCAUUGAAGGGGAUCACAUUCAACUCUUUCAGGAUCCAGUGCCUCCUUAUGAAGAGACCAAACCACAGUAAAACCAAGGGAAAAUGCUGGGUUGAAGUUCUCAUCCUGUGGUGAAUUUAAAACAAGACAAACUCCAAAUAAGUGAACAGCCACAAGCACAAAUGAGCUUCAACUGAUCAGUAUGUUUAAUUAUGACAUUUUUGUGGCAUUGAAAAUAAAACAGCUCCACCAGAUUGUGUGUAGGAUGGGGGAGAAAUAUUUUUUUUAAAUGCUGUACCUCAGAGUUUUCUUCAGUAUGAUUGUAGGAGAUGGCUGGAUCUAAGUUAUUUGGAUCAUUAUGAGCUGUGAUGAAAAGCAACCAUGCUGGAAAUAUUUCACACACACACACAAAUACACACACAUUGAAAGGGCUUUUAACAUUUUUAAAAAAUGUUCUAACUUCUUGGACAUUAACACUUUUGAAUUAUAAAUG